AGCGGCUGGAUCCCCCGGGUGUUUGCGCCAUGGGUGCCUGGGGACUCAGCCUGGGGGUCCUGCACUGCCUGGGGGUCUACAUCCAGUUGAGCGCCGGCGAGACACAAAGCACUACCGAUGCGUUGUUCACAGAAAUACCACAUGAUGUUAGUGCACAUCCAGGGGAGGACGUGGAGAUGGCAUGUUCCUUCAGGGGCAGCGGAGACAUCCCCUAUUCAUUGGAGAUCCAGUGGUGGUAUAUGCGCACCCAUAGAGAUUGGGCAAAUAAGGAAACGUGGGCAGAGAACCAGCUAAAAUCACUUCCUGGGACACCUGAAAAAGGAGCCACAAAAAUAAGUAUUGUGAAAGUGUUUGGUAGUAAUAUCUCGCACAAGCUGCGUCUGUCCAGUGUGAAGCUCUCAGAUGAGGGAACCUACGAGUGUCGUGUCCUAGAUUACAGCGAUGGGAAGGGACGUCAGCACAGAGUCAAAGCUUUCUUGCGAGUGGAGACUGAGAUGGGCCGCCGCGGAAUGAUUGCCCACCGCCAGCAAGACACAGGUCCUCAUCGCCAUUUUCCUGGCAAAGAGCUUAAAAAGCAGGCAGCUAUGCCUUGUGAGCAGUGCCAGUUGUAGACUGUUAUGGGAUCACUGUCCGACUGACAAAUACACAAAAGAGUGCACGAGAGGCAUCCCAGAUUAAACACCUUAAUCCCACCUCUUCUCUCACUCUCUUUCACUGGGGUGGCAAAUGGACUGCUGUGACUUUAUACCACCACCCACAUCACUGCAAGAUGCACCCCUUUCCUUACUAGGGACCAAUCACAAGAGCCCGAACAGCAGCAUAAAGUGAGGUUAAGGGGCAAAUAUCAGCUAACAUUUUGGUAGUGGGUCAACAUAAUUUUACUCUGCAGAAAGAAUCAAUCCUAAACCCUAUUUAUUAAAGGGAUUUAUUAGUGUGGGUCAGUGUAUAAUAAACAGAGUGUUCAAAAGUGCUUCUAUUAUCAUGGCCAAACUGCAAGCUUUCAGUUGUUUUCAAGGAAAACUAGAUACUAGCCAAAUAAUAACUGAAAGGGUGUAGUAUGGACAUCCCACCUUGUAUAUUUUUUAGGUCCUGGAAAGAGCUAUAGCUAAAACGAGGGAAUAUUUAAUUACCAAUUGUAGGCUCUCAAGACCACCCACCCAUGUUCCCAAAUGUCUCUGAAAGUUUGUAUUCUGCACCCACUCAGCCACUGGUAAUUCCAUUUUAUUUAAUGCUGUUGUCUUGGAUUAUAUUACGGCUCUCUUUUGUUAGAUUCUGGGAAAUUCGCUUUGGAUAUUCAUUUAUUCUGCUUUUCUCAUUUGAGCACAAAAACAUAAAAAAAGACUAAAAUACAACUUUGGACAUUACUAGUUUAAAUAUGUUAUAAUUGCCUUUGGAUAAUCAAGUGUGAAUAACAUUACAAUGCUUUAAUGUGUUAUUAAGCUUUUUUGCUUCUCUGUGGGACUGCCUUCUAUUCAAUGAUACGUCUUAGAACUUGCUCUCCGGCAACUUGCAUCAUUAUUUUUGUAGCUAGUGUUUCCCCAUCAGUUGACUGAGCACUAGCUGGAAUGUGAAUAGUCAGACAAAUAUUGCUUUACAGGGGCAGCAAACCAAAAUUUGCACCUUCAUUUAACUUAAUAUCCCACAUGGAGUGAAUAGUGUGCCCAUAAGCAAGUGCAUUCCCUAAAAGCUUUGCCAUUCUCCAUAGACUUCUAUUUUCUAACACUAGAUGGCGCCGUUUUCUAGAAGUCUAUAGCGAAUCAAAGCAAUAUGGCUGUCCCUACCCAUAUUUUUGAAUACAAAAAGCUAAGCCUUGAAAAGUUCUGCAUUUACAAAGCUAUGAUUUGUUUUGCUUUUUUGGUAACUAUAAAAGGUUACUUCCCCUGAAAUAGCAAGGACUACAUUUGUGCAGUGUGAAGUAUAGUAAUGACACAAAACAUCUGCAAUGUAUAUGCUGUUGCUGCUGGAACAGACACUGCAGGGUUGGAUUACCAUUAACCAGCACAGGUAUUUCUGCUGUGCAAAUGGUAAACCAGCGCCUGCGUGCCUUUUGCUUAAGUGUUAAUAGGGGACUACCCCACCCACCUUUGCCUGGAGAUGUUGUCCCUUAUUCACUGUCCUGGGGAUAACUGUUCUUACUGUAUAAACGGUCUCUGCAACGCCAGGAACUUUUCUGGUUGUAAAUAAAGGUGACUGGUCACCCUGAAGUAAA